GAUAAACUGUGUUUUAGUUUCGGGUGCAUGUUGAAGACGAUUAAAUUUGUUACAUAAAACGACCUCGUGUGCUAUUCGCAUCAAGAUACUGUUUUCUGUGACACAAUUGAUGUAAUGGAUUUUAAUUUUAAUAAUAAUAUCGACGAAAUACCAUCAAAUUAUUUUUGAGAAGUGGGAAUCAUGGAGGAACCUGCAUAUAAUAAAUUGAAACACAAUCAAACCCAUCUGGAUAACUUCAAAAUAUCAUAAGACAAAGUAAUAGUAAAUUAUAGUAAUAAUUUUCAACAAGAUAAUACGUUGUUGUUUAUUUUAUUAUUGUUGAAUUUAUUGGAAUUGUGAAUUCUAUUGUUUAUUUUGAUUCCAUUAAUUUAUAAAUGUGUAUUUAUUAUGAAUUUUUAAAACUAUAGUCAAAGGCUGUAUUUAUGAUCUAUGUUAGCCAUAGUGUACAACAGUUACCAAAGAGAUUGUAUAUAAAUAUUUAUAUAUUUAUAAAGUUCUUUGAGAAGAUUAUAUAUAAUAGUGAGAAAUAUAUGCUGCUAAGUAUUUGGGUUAGUAAUAAUAGUGAUAUUGCUGAUAAAGAGGCAUCUGAGAUGGCUACAAUGGUGGAAUCACCUCCUCCACAGCUCAUUACGACAAUUGAGUGGGGUAUGAUGGACAAAAGCAAAUUUUUUCCAUUAUACACACUAAGCAGUUUUACGGUUAGAUGCGCUUUAUAUCCGUUGACUCUAGUGAAAACUCAGAUACAAGUACAACGUAAGAAGGAAGCGUACAGCGGCGUUGUGGACGCCAUCACAAAGAUAUACAGAAGCGAGGGUGUCUCCGGAUUAUACAGAGGGUUCUGGUUGUCCAGUUUUCAGAUAAUAUCUGGCGUCUUCUAUAUAACUACAUAUGAAGGAGUCCGACAUGAAUUAGGGAGAUACGACCUAAACCCUAAAACAAAGUCGUUUAUCGGUGGGGCGUGUGCGUCACUGGUGGGUCAGACUGUGAUCGUGCCGUUCGAUGUGUUGAGUCAACAUCUCAUGGUACUCGGUCUCGUCAAGGGAAAACCGCGAGGCUCCUAUAAUCCUAAGCUGAAUCCUCUCGAACUGGAGAUGGACCGGCGGUGGGGCAGGGCGGGUUUGGCGCGCGAGGUUGCGGUGCGCGUAUACAAGCGGCGCGGCAUGCGAGGGCUGUACCGCGGGUACGCGGCCUCGCUCGCCGCGUACGUGCCCAACUCGGCGCUCUGGUGGGCGCUCUAUCACGCCUACCAAGAUGAGUUGCUGAAGCUGAGUCCGUCUUGGGUGUCUCACCUGUUGAUCCAGUGCGUUGCGGGUACAAUGGGGGGGUUCACUACCACCAUACUGACUAAUCCAUUGGACAUAGUACGAGCGAGACUGCAGGUAGAAGGAGUUAGCACAAUGCGAGAAGUGGUAAGGGAUCUGUGGCAAGAGGAAGGUCUUCUAGGUCUUUACGUGAAAGGAUUGUCAGCGAGACUAGUGCAAUCCGCCUGCUUCUCGUUCAGUAUAAUAUUAGGGUAUGAAAGCAUUAAAAGAAUGGCUAUAAGUGACGAGUACCGACCAAGGGUACGAUGGUGAAAGCAAAUAAAUUAUAU